AAGGCCACCUCUGCCUCGAUCGCCGGCCUCCGAACCGCUCGCUCCCCACGAACCCAAGAACGCAAUGUCCGACGAUGAAGAAGAGCUCGUCGAUCUGCCGGACUUUGCCAACGCGGCCAACCGCGCGCUCUACGCCGAUCUCAAGGACGCGGAGCGGGCGCUCGCUGCGACCGAGGAGGAGCUGGCCGAGACGGGCGAGCGAGUGUCUGUGAUGGAGGGUCACCUUGGCUCGGUGGUGGCGGAGCGGCAGAACACGCAGCGGCUGGUGGAUGCCAAGGCGAAGGAGGUCGAGACCGAAGACCACCUCAAGCAGCUCGCCGAUAGGGAGCUCGGCCGCUUCAGCUCGGAGCUCUCAAAGCUGCAGCGCGAGUGCGCGGAUCUGACAGACAAGGCGACGGCGGCGCAGACUCAGAUCUUCAAGGGGAACGAGCGGAUGGACGCCUUCAAGCUCCAGAUGAACUGGAAGCAAGAGGCGCACCACGCACCCGAGCCCGCCGCGCCGCGCCGCCCCGCUCGCCGACGCCUUCCGUCUCCGAAGGCGCCCGCCGCCGCUCUCGCCCCUCGCACCUCCCGCCCCGCCCGCCCCUCGGCGUGCAGGAGCUCGAGCAGUGGGCGCUCGCGGCGCGCCAGAAAGAGGAGGACAACCUCGCCAUGCUCAAGUACGCACAGGCGGACGAGUCGCGCCUCAAGUCGCUCAACCUGCAGCUCGAAAAGACGCUGGCGCAGGUGGCGGAGCGGCAGGCGGAGCUGGAGGCGGAGGCGAGAGCUGGUCGAGCAGUGGGAGAUGUCGGUCGCGGCGAUGCAGAAGCGCGACGAGGCGCGCACGCGCACGCGCAGCACUCACCGCGCUUCCCACGCACCUCUGCCCCACUCCCUCGGCCCUUCCUGGACCCUCCCUAGACCCCUAAAGCACCUCGGACGGCGCCUCGCGCCCUCGCAGGACAUCUCCCGCGCGCACGAGGAGUACGCGUCCGCCAAGCGCGAGCUCGAGGCGCAGCAGGAUGCGCUCGCGCAAAAGGAGAGCGAGCUCGAGGCGCGGCAGAAGAGCAACGCGGACCUGCGCCACGGCGCACCACCACGUCCGAGAGACAAGCACGUCCACGUCUGCGCUUGCCGAGAGACGGCGCCGCGCGCGAGCAGAGGCGCAGGCGGGUGCGAACCUUCGCGGAGCCUUCCUGCAGGCAUCGCCUCUGCGGAGCGCGCGGUCGGCCGCCGGCGCGAGGAGCAGCGCGCCGCUGCGGAGGCGACGGAGAGCGUGCAGGAGCAGGUGGCCCAGGCGCGCGUCGCGAUGGGCGAGGCGGCCGCGGAGCGGGUGGCGGCCGCGGAGAGGGACAGGCGGCGCGCGCAGAUCCGAGGCGCGGAGGAGAGCCUCGAGGAGCGCCGGGCGGCGCUCGAGGCUGCAAAGGCCAAGCUAGCGGCGGCGGAGGAGGCUGCGAGCCGCUCGAGCGACAACCUCGGCUCGCUCGAGGCGCCCCGGGCCUUCCUAGACCCUCCCUCGCCCUGCCCAGACCCUCCCUCACCCUGCCCAGCGGCCUCCAGGCAGAUGGACGAGCUCCACGCCCGGGAGGGGGCGCGGCUCAAGGAGCGCGCAAAGGCGGCUGGCGCGCUGCGGGAGGCGCUGUACCGGGUGGGGCAGCUCGACGAGAAGGCGCAGCGGCAGAGGGAGGCGCUGCACGGCCGGACGGACGGCGUCUUCGGGCUCGAGAACCGCAAGAGCCAGCUGCAGCUCUCGAUGGCGGAGCGGCAGGAGGAGAUCAAGGUGCACACCGACGUGCUGCGCGCGCAGCUCAAGGCGGCGGAGGACGAGCGCUCCCGCGCCAAGAAGGCGCGCGCCGCCGGUCGCAGGCUCGGCUCGAUCUCGGCUGGCUCGAGAGCACCUUCCCGCACCGGCCCGCCCCCCUCACAGGCGCUGACGGAGCGGCUGCUGCGUGUCGACCGGCUCUCGGCCAAGAGCGCCAACCUCGAGGGCAAGCCCGGCGCCAUAGAUGCCAGACUGUCCACGCCGGCUCUCGCACACACGGCUGCGUCGAGGCUGGCGCCACCGUGUGCGCUGCGCCAUCUCGUCGACAAGAAUGCUGCGUACAAGGCGGCGCUCGCGCCCGCAGGCCCGCGCACGCCUCUCGCGGAGCAGCGCGCGCUGCUCGAGGAGCAGCACCGCGCUGCGCUCGCGCGGUGCCGCGCGCACAAGGUGCAGCAGUCCGAGGUGGAGGAGGAGAUCGGUCAGAUGGGAGUGACGCUCGACGAGCUCGCCGACGUGAGCGGCGCGCAGAGGCAGCACUACGAGCGGCUCGCCGACGCGUCGCGCUCGAUCGGCGCCACCCUACAGGAGCGCCGCGGCGAGCUGCAGAGGGUAGCCAGCGAGCUGUCGUCGCUGCUCGACGCGCACCGCGAGAGCGCGGCGGCCUCGGGCGUGCAGGGCGCCACCGCACUAGAGCGCGAGGCGGCGCUGUCCGAGCGGCUCGUCGCCAACCGCACCACCCUCGAGCGGCUCGCGGCCCUCUCGGCGGAGGACGCCUCAUUUGGCCCCGCGCUGGAGUCGCUGUGCGCACAGGCUGGCGUCCCGCCCCCGGACGCGCUGCCCGGAGACGAGUGAGCGGCGCAAGUAAAGCGCGCGGCAGUGAGCACGAUUGGAUUUUAUAAUCAGAUAUUCCCAUCU